AUGGCCGCUGUGACAAUAUUGUCCAAGUAUUUUACUUUUGUAUGCUUUCUCGGCAUGGUUAUCGUGAUGACAUCAUUGUAUUUUUUGAACUACAACUUCGCACAGUGUAACUGCGACCAAGUACCUUCUGACGCUCGAAUCGGAAAAGAAAAAAACUUGCUGAGAAAACUAAGGGCCGUGAUCAGAGAUGUCAAAGAAUGGUCAUUUAAUAAAACCAAUUUUCAUUACCUAAGGGAGAAACUACAGGAUUUUUUAAAAGCAAAUGACUACCCUAUAACAGAGAACACAGCCGAUUUCCUACAGAUGUUUGUGAAUAAUUUUCGCAACAACAGUAAUUUGUACCGAAGAUGCAGCAUUGUUGGCAACAGUGGUAUAUUGAAAGACAGUUGGUGUGGAGAGGAAAUUGAUAAAGCCGAUUAUGUUUUCAGAUCAAAUCUACCUUACAUUCGGGGAUUUACAAAUGAUGCAGGGAAAAAAACUAACUUUACGAGUUUCAAUCCAAGCAUAAUCUGGCGGAGGUACAAUUACGACAUUUUAGCGUUCAAUGAAACGCUAAACUCAUUCACGGGUCACGUUAUGUUUGCUACCAUAACAAAGUCCACUCCUGAAUUCUUGAAUCACGUGAUACACAGUACCACACUCGGCGCCAUGGUACUUGACAGAAAGUAUUUACUGUCAUUGCAACAAUUUUGGAACCUUGACAAAAAAGUGUCAACAGGAAUGCUGUUGUUUACACUUGGGCUUUCCGUCUGUGAGGAAAUUCAUCUAUUUGGUUAUUGGCCUUUUUAUACCGAUGAAAAAGGCAAUGAUCUGCCAUAUCAUUACACUGAAGAUCUUAAUUGGAGCAUAAUAUCGAGAACGGACCAUUCCAUGGUAUCGGAAUUUCAAAAACUGCGAGAGUUUCAUCAAGAUGGCGUAGUUAAGCUGCAUAUUGGAAGGUGUCUCCCCUGUUUGUCCAACAAAUGA